AUGCCAAAUAAAAUACGUUUUUGUAUUAUUUGUAAACGUUAUGAUCGUAAAACUCGAUCAAGUUAUACACGUAUAUAUACAAUUGAACGUGAAAACAAAUUACUUGAAGGUUAUCGACGUCGAUAUAAUGGACAAGAAUUAAAUCAACCUAUUUUAAAUCAACUUGUUCAUCAAAAAUGUUACAAUAAACUAGUUCAAGGUGUACCAUCAAGUGAUGCAAAUGAUAUUUUAACAUCUAUUGAACAAAAACAAGAUGAUAAUGAUGAAGAACAAGAACAGACAUCAUUAAUUCAAUUUCGUUCACGUAUGCCAUUACCAUCAAAUGUUAAUAGACAUUUAUUUGAACGUCGUCAACGUGUUUGUGCUAUAUGUAAUCGUUAUGGUUAUAGAUCUCAUAAUAAAAUGAAACAAAUUGUAUCAAAUUUUAUGGCAAAUAAAUUAGCUGAAGGUUUUUCUCAUAUAUAUAAACGACCUUAUGGUCAAUCAUUACUUGAUGCUUAUAUACAUGAAUCAUGUUUUCGAAAACUUUAUUCAAGUUAUCGAUAUCAUACAUCAAAAAAUUUUACAAAUAGAAAUCCUUUACAAUAUCAAGAACAAUUUGUUCGUCAAUUAGUAUAUUCUCCACAUGAAACACGAAGUCGUACAAAUCUUAAUAAAUCAUCAUUAGAAACAGAAUCAAAAGACUGUACAUCAAAAAUAACAACUGAUGAAACUGCUAAUUUGUCAAUAGAACGAUUAUUUUCUACGCCAUUUUAUACAUCUGUUGCAACAACAAAUCCAAAUGCUGAACUUACUGCACGAUCUUGUCUAUUUCGACCAUGUUUACAACGACUUACGACAGAAGAAAUCAAAUUUUAUACAAAACGAAAUACAACAUCGGAAAUCAUCAAUGAAAAUAAUACAUUAACAACAAGUUAA